ACUACACGGAAACAAAGUUCCUUUCACUUCUUCUUUCUUUGCUCCGAUUUCCUGAUUCAUUGUUCUUCAGCCUUUGUUUUUUUCACUAUUACUGUAUUUUCUUCAAUUGUUGAAGUUUUUGUUUCUUUUUUGUCGAUACCUUAUCCUUCGUGAAAAGGAUUUUGUAAUAAAGGAGACAGUUUUCGGUUUUGCCGCGUUGAGAUCUGGUUUUGGAUUCCUGCAACGAUGCUGCAUAAGAGCUUCAAGCCUGCAAAAUGUAAGACAUCGCUGAAGUUGGCGGUUUCGCGGAUUAAGCUUUUGAGGAAUAAGAAAGAUGUUCAUGUCAAGCAGCUGAAGGGAGAAUUGGCCAAGUUGCUCGAGGCUGGACAGGAUCAGACGGCUAGAAUUCGGGUGGAACACUUUGUUAGAGAAGAGAAAUCGAAGGAAGCGUAUGAACUCAUCGAAAUAUUUUGCGAGCUAAUUGUGGCACGUAUGCCAAUGAUCGAGUCCCAAAAAAAUUGCCCGAUAGACUUGAAGGAAUCAGUCUCGAGUGUCAUUUUUGCAUCGCCCAGAUGUGCAGAUAUUCCAGAGCUCUUGGACGUUCGUAAACACUUCAAAGCAAAAUAUGGAAAAGAAUUUGUCUCAGCUGCAGUGGAACUACGCCCAGAAUGUGGUGUGAAUCGCAUGUUGGUCGAAAAACUAUCUGCUAAAGCACCUGAUGGUCCGAGCAAAAUUAAAAUCUUGACUAAAAUUGCUGAGGAAUAUAACGUAAAAUGGGAUCCCAAAUCCUUUGGUGACAACAUCAACCCUCCGGCUGAUUUGUUGAAUGGCCCAAAUACUUUUGGGAGGGCUAGUCAAAUACAGAUGGAGGCUAUUGGUGGCCAACCCUCACUUGAUCACAAUAACAGGGGAUCUCCUAAUAUUCAAGCUCCACCCGAAUCUGAUGAAAGGCAACGUAUACCUGAAGACCCCGUCAAUCGCAAUUUGAGAUCAAACCAUCAUCCCCAGCAAUCCAACUUUGCUGAUGUCAAUGCUAAUCAAAGCAACUUCACUGGCCAUCGUAAUUCAGAAGCAAGAUCUUCUGAAACUAGUGCAGAGGGGAUGCAUAGGUACUCGAAUUCUGGUGAUCAAAAUAAUUACGCUUCAGGCAGGCAGCAUUGGGGUAUGGACUUUAAGGAUGCUACCUCUGCUGCGAAGGCAGCUGCUGAAUCUGCAGAACUGGCAAGCCUUGCUGCCCGAGCUGCUGCAGAACUUUCUAGUCGUGGAAACGUAUCCCAACCAUCCUCUUCAGAGUUCCAUCAAUCUUCAUCUUAUAAUUUAAGGGCUGAAGGACCUCAAGGAUAUGCUAGCGGAAAUUUGCGAGAUCAACAGCUUCCUAAAGACCAAUUUGUCAGUGCCCCUCAUAAAAGUUCCAUGCCGGAUGAUAAUUGGAGAGACAACGACACAAGAAGAUUUAUGGGGAAUGAUGCCAAGAAUUUUAGCUAUCCAUCUUCAAGUGCCAGUAACAAUGAUGUUAACAUAUCAGCAACCAAUUUCAAUGCGGCAGACCGUUACUCUCUCAAGAACUCAUCCGAACCUGGGUUUAGGGACUCCCUUGGUAGUAGUGCAUCUGUGGAGAAGCAACCCAGAAAAUUUGAUGCUAACGCAUCUGUAACCAGUUUCAAUGCAGCAGAUAGAUCCUCUUUCAAGAAUCCGUCCAAUCAUGGGUUCAGUGACCCUCUUGAUAGUGUGGAUAUGCAACCCAGAAACUUUGGUUCUAACACAUCUGUCACUAAUUUCAGUGAAUCAGAUAGAUACUCUCUCAAGAACCCAUCUGAACCUGGGUUUAGAGACCCUCUUGGUAGUAGUACCAGCAUGGAGAAACAACCUAGAAACGUUGAUGUAGAAUAUGUUAAUGAUCAGCCAUUUGGUAUGGGUUUUGAAAGAACUAGUUCCUAUGGAGAUUCGAGGAUUGGAAAUAGUUCAAAUAAAGUUCCUUCCCAUGAGAAGCUGGUGAACGAUACUUACGAGAAUCCUUUUGCCAUGGAUAAACCAAGUGACCAUGAAAGUACUGUUGAUACGAAUUUUAACGAUCAUGCUAGUGCGGUCUUCGAUGAUUACGGUCCAGAUGAUGAUUGUGUUCCAGACUACGAAUACCAGAGAAGACAAUCUAUUCUUGAACCCUCAUCGCCUAAGGGGAAGGUGCCAAUAAACUCAGCAACGGAUGAUACCUGGGUCUUCAAGCAAAACAUGAAUGACUCUCCUGAGAAGUCUGUUUCACACUCGCAAAUUUCUGAUCGUGCUUCUUUGUUUGCUGGGAAUGUGGGAAGUUUUGACGAUCCUUCCCAUUCUGAUGACUUGUUGCCGGCAACUUUUGACCAUUCAGAUGGACCUAGUUCUGAAAGUGAGAAAGAGCCGGAAGAAUUUGAGGUGAUUGGUAAAGAUCACUAUAGCAAAUUCUCUAAGAGGCAGAAUUUGCCAUCUGAAAAACCAGAAUGGUCUCAAAACAUUAGUCAUGGAUCACCUGGAUCUUCAGAUGAGGAUAAUAGAAACACGCCAUCUCAUCGCCUCUCCUCCGAGCUUCCACUUGUCCAUGAAUUGAAGAAGAAAGACAGCCCACCAAGGUCUCUUGAUAUUCUACACGAUAGUGUAAUACUAGAAGAAUCGACUUCAGAAAGCAACAGUGGCUUGAAUUUUGGGAAACUGAAGGGUGGCCUAAGAAAUCAAAAGAGUAAUCCUAGGCGUUCACAUGCAAGCAAUUCAUCAAUAAGUGACUUAUCAUCCAAACAAGCGUGUGAAAACGAUGCCUCAAAAACUGCCCAGCCUACCUUAGUUUCUUCUUCGACAACCAGGACUUCGUUUAGAUCAAAUGCUCCCAGUGAACUAUAUGAUGGAAGUGUAGAAGAAAAACCAGGUGAAGAGAAGGGCCUGCGAGCCAAGUUUGAUAGCUUUAACUCGAAUCUUGAUGAUUCAAAGGAUAAUUUCUCGGAUUAUACUGUUAGAAGUGAUCAAGAGCGGCACAAAAACAAAGAGGUGGAUGAAAUAUCAAAGAAGCCAGCCCCAACAAGAAUUGGAGUGAAGUAUCCUGGUUUCCAUGAUGACGAUGAUUCUGAAGAAGAUUCACCUGGACAAAAUGUGAAAAAUAGUCCUCAUCGAGUUAUGGGUCUUUCUAGACGGACCAAAGCAUCUCCUAAAACUCCAAGUUCACGUAUGGAGGACUCGUACGGGACACCCACGAGUCAUGAGGAUGUAAGUGAGAGAAAAGCUUCAAGAAGUUAUGAUGCAUCCAAAUCUCCAUUGAAGGCAAAGACUGGAACAAGAUACUCUGAUCACUAUGAAAGUUCAAGGCAGCCUCAAUCAUCUAAACCUUUCAACCAAACUCCUGAAACUAAGAGGUCCUAUAAUGAGGAAAGGUUGAAAUCUUCUGCGAAGGAACGGCAAUCCUAUUAUCCUCCUCCAGAGUUAGAUAGGCUGGGCAAUUUCGAGAGUUCGAGGGGGACAACUGCAGCUUCUGCAAAGACUCGGGCUCAAUCGAGCAACUCGGAGCAGCCUCAAUCAAUGAAACCUUCCAAACCAAGUCCUGAAACCAAAAGGUCUUUCCAUGAAGAAAGACCAACAUCUUCUACGAAGGAACGGCUAUCCAAUCCUUCCCCGAAAAUGGAAACACAAGACAACACUGAGAGUUCAGAGAAGGAGAAGACCAAGGCAGUUGAGAAAGCCAGCCAUGUUCACCCAAAGCUUCCCGACUAUGACAACUUUGCAGCACACUUCCUUUCACUCCGACAGAAUAACAAGGAUGUGCAGGUUAAAGGAGACAAUUUGAUUCAUGAUUUGUAGUUGGGGGGAAAGAAACAUUCUGAAGCUAAUGAAAACUACA